AUGACUUCGCAAACGAUACAGCAGAUGGAGUCGGCCCGGUCGCUCGCGUUAGGCGACGGUAGAUACUAUCCUACCAUCAUACCGGGCGUGCUUCCUAUUAUCGGCUACAGUGAAGACCAGAGCACUGAGAUACAACGUUGGGGCGCCGACUUCCUAGCGGAGGCUUUUGCGUCACCAACAUGGCCUCAAGAGGUCAAGCAGAACAGUGCGCCCUCUGUGUUGGCCACCUUGAAGGCUUACCUCGACAAUGUUGAAGACAAGAGCGUCAUCAAGAGCGCCAUUCAGGCGGCCGCCAGCGUGUACCCGCUUGUCUACAAACACAUUGUCUCCGACCCCAGCGAUGCCCAGAUAUGGCAGCUCAUGGCCGGCAUCAAAUCGAAUAUAUUGCGACGAAUGGACACAGCCGCGCCCGGUGUGCGGAUAUGUUGCGUCAAGUUUCUCCAACAAGUCGUCCUGGUCCAGACACCAGGCGUGGCAGACCCCAGGCGCGCCGACCAAAACGACAUCUCCCUUUCCCUCGUACCCCGCGACCACCCCCUUAUACCAUACGCGAGCCUCGAGGCUGAAGGACACGGGCUGUUGGACAGGUUGUUGGACAUCAUACAUGGAGAUCACAGUGACGGCUUGCUCGUGACUGCGACCCUGAACAGCUUAGGCAUGCUCAUCCAUCGCCGGCCAAAUGCUGCAAAUAAGAUCUUGAACAGUGUCUUCAACUUCAAUCCUCUAAAGCUCGCCAACUCGCCCAUGACGCCCAAGAACAAGGUCAUCAUGAAGUCGAUUGAGCGCACAACAAGGGCGCUACUUGUGAACAUCAUAAAGAGGAACCCCGAAAACCCCGUCAACGGACGGAUACAGCAGUUCUUGGAACGCAUGCAUCGUACACGGGUUGAAGUCUUCGACGAAGCUAACCGUAAACGUCCAGCACCUAGUGAGCCGACUGAUGGUCUUGACCAAGCGAAGAGGCAGCGAUUAGUCGCUGAACCUCCGAGUCGCACGCCAUCUGUCCAACCGCUACCGCCUGGUGAAGUCAGCUGGCGACAACUAUACACACUGAAUGCUGAAGGCAGCACUGCGAACUUUGAUGUGCAAAACUUCAGAGAUCCCGAGCAAUUGCUGAGGAUAGUCGUGCCUGUUUUGCAGUCAGUGAACGCGCAAAAGCUCGAACAAGCUAUCAGUGCUGUCCGCGCCCGGUAUCAAACACUUAAGCAGACCGCUCCAAGCCGACCCGCACAACUCCCGAUAGCCGCCGCCACAGAAGACGAAGAGGAGUACGAACCCGACUUCGAACCUGAAGAUGCUGAACAGCUCAUCAAUAAGCUCGAUGGUCUCCCCUCAAACCCCUUUCCGGCCCAGGGCGGACCGUCAACCGCUUUAGCACCCUACAAAUUGCCCGAGGCGCCUCCGUUAUCAGAACAGGAUGUUCAGAAGUACGGUGAUAUGACCGUACAUCGAGCCUUCGGCAUGCUGAGCAGUGUAGAUGAGACGCAAAAGAGCAAGGUCGCAAAAGGCGGCUUCAACCGCCUCGCCGCUACCGACUACAACAGGGACGCAUGGGUCACCAUACUCUCUCGGUUGGCCACACGAGCAAGCGCUGGACUAGACGACCCGGAAGAGGGCAUCAAAGACGAAUACGCCGUCAAGAACACAAAGGGCAAUCUGCAGAUCAGCGACACAGUAAGAGACGGCCUCUACCAAUACAUACUCUACAAUUGGAAGUCCCGCAUCGACGUUGCCAUCUCCUGGCUCAACGAAGAAUGGUACAACGACAUGGUCCUCGCCCAGUCAGUCGACAAAGACUCCACUACAAACGGUACUACUUCAAACGGCCACCAUACAUCGACCAAGCCACCACCGGGUAACUACCACCGCUGCGCCCUCCGUCUCAUUGACGGCAUCCUCCCUUACAUCGAACACACGGACAAAAUCAUCAUCCGCUUCCUCUCCGAGAUACCCCAAAUCGACUACAGUAUCCUCGUGCGUCUGAAGAAGAUGGCCGAAGAUCCCGAGCGCAUCGAUCUAGCGUGUAAUAGCCUUCAUUACCUUUACAUGUUCCGUCCUCCUGUGAGGAAGAUUGUCGUUGACGUACUAGCCGAAAUGUGGAACGAGAAUGAGCGGGCGAAGCCGUCUGCGCAGAAAUUGUUGGUUAGGUGGCGGCCCGAGGUUCUGGGGGAGCAGAGGACUGUCAGUAUGCCUACGAUGGUGAAGGCUGAGAGUCAGGGCGAGGGUCAAAUGGCCAAAGAGAGUGCUAACGGCGCGUUGGAGGUCAAGCCUGUUUCGUAG